AUGUCUAAGCUCUCCAAGAUCAACCAUGCUGCGGGCAUCUUCGCCGAUAUGUCGGUCGAUGGCCCCCCAAUUGGUACACUGGUCGCCAUCAUCGAUCGUGCGAAGAACCUGCCCAAUCGCAAGACAAUGGGCAAGCAGAACCCAUACUGUGCCGCACGACUAGGCAAAGAAGCAAAGAAGACUCCAACCGACCUACGUGGUGGACAAACUCCUAGAUGGGAUCACGAGCUCCGUUUUACAGUACACGAGUCACCAGACUACUUCAAGCUAAAAGUCUCCAUCUUCAACGACGAUAAAAAGACAGAUUUGAUUGGAGAGACUUGGAUUGACCUGCAGAACUUGAUCAUUCCUGGAGGAAGCCAGAAUGACCACUGGCACCCACUCCAGUGCCGAGGCAAAUAUGCUGGUGAUGUUCGCAUUGAGAUGACAUACUAUGAUACCCGCCAACAAGAUGAGGCUGUCAUUGUGAAGCGGAAAGAAGCGGCAGAGAGGGUUCAAGGCAAGGCUGCUGCCGCUGGCCCUUCAAGCUCGGGACUAUCUGGCCCGCGAUCAUUAGAGAAAGUCAAGAGGCGCCCACUGCCUACCGAUCCAUCUGGAACUGCCCCUUCUCCAAGGCCCUCUGUGCUGGAGCAGACACACUCAGCACCUCCGCCACUGCAACAUCCUCAGCCGUCACGACCAGCUAUGCACGAUCAUGCCCAUACCAUGCCCGCACCCGCCCCAGUUACGAAUCCCGAUACUAUUCCUUACCCGUCAACCCAUGCCGAACCGUUAUAUGACGCUCCAACUUACAACCCCCCUGCCCCGAGUAUGCAGAGCCGAGGAACAUACGAUGCUCUUGAUCCAUAUCAGCGAGAUUGGGACAACCAAACUUCCGCUCCCGCCCCUCCUCCAGCCCUGCCACCUGCCGGUACGAUGAGACGCACGGCCCAUGAACCUUCAUAUCAUAAUGAGCACCCUCAACCUCAAUCUCAACCUCAAUACGACCCUCGCCCCACCCCUACGAUGCGCAGUCAUAUCGACUACGACCAGCCUCCUCGGGACUAUCGUUCAACCUCAGAGCCGCCAUUCGAGGUUGAUCCACAUGGGAGGACACUGUACGACAGGCCUCCUCGCCCAGAGGAUGCGUACAACUCGGUCGUCUCACCUCAGUAUGGCGCAAAUCCGAUGACUUUUGGCCAUGUUUCGACAUUCUCGCCCCGGGCAUCUGGUCACGGCGACGAACCCGCUCCUUUGCAAUAUUCACGGCCAAGCUCCUCCUCAGGACCAGCAGAUGAGUAUCGAUAUCAACCACGCAUCAUGAAGGCACUGCCGGCUCCUCGAAGUGAUCCUUAUCAUCCUGAAUACGCCACGAUGCAGCCGCGCGUGGAAGAUGAGGAUGAGGACGGUCCUCCUCCCCCACCUCCUGUUCAUAGGUCUCGAAUGGCCCAACCACCAUCCCCCGUGAAGAUGCCCGCCAGCCAAUCACCCUCACCUUACACACCCUACAGCCCUGGGUAUGCCAGGGACCCGUCUCCAUCCAUGCCAGCGAGUUUGGUGGCUGGCUACGAAAGCGAAGAACAAGAUCGGGUUUAUGAGGGACGAACUAGCCGUAAAGGCAGUACUAGCCACAUGGAGGAUGAGAUGAUGAUUCCUCAACCAUUGUCAGCGUCGAGCAGUUCGGCCAUGAUCCCGGCCAGUAUGCCUGCACAGGCACCCGUGCCAAUUCCCAUGCCGUACGAGGCACCUAUCUAUCCCCUCCGAACAUCUCCACAGCCCAUCGAUGAUCGAAGCUCUAUCAGGAGUCGAGGCGGUUCCGUGAGCCCGGAUACGCGCAUGGUUGUUGCACGCAAGUCCGUCAGUCCACGACCCCCACCUUCUAGGGGCUCUUCGAUCCCAUUCUCCCCCGACUCUUACGACUCGUUCAAUCCGCGUUCUUCCAGGUCAAUUAACAGCAGGGAACCGUCGCCGGCGUAUGAGUCUCUUUCACAAGCCAGAGAUGCGGCAGUGCGGGCUGAGGUUGAGCCUGUCCGUGACCCAGAUCAGCCCAUCAUCGGCGACGAUGGCCGUGAGAUUGAUCCAUCCGACCACCUGCCUACAGACACUUGGGCACCCGAGCCGGAGAGAAAGAGCCGCAAGCCUGAAGUUAUCAUCCGGUUCAAGCACUCCCCGCGACCUACAUCCCGUGGCAACGACACUUCUCGCCCCGCUGGCCCACCUCGAGUGGGAUUCCGCACUACCACCGAGACUGAUCGCCCGAGCAAGAAGUACACACCAACCCAUGUUCACACCCGUGAACCUGUAGAUCGGACCCCGCCUCGUGCGGACCGGGGCCAUGAGAGCUACGGUAGCUACUCGCACAGCCGGGGCUACAGUACCUCAACCUCAGCAGAACGACCACGCUCCUCGCGGGGCUCCGUGUCUCCUUCUCCGGGCUCUCGCUCCCCAUUGUACGACUAUAACACCGGUCCUCCCAUCCCUUCGAAGGUACCAAUCUCCCACGGCUCUCCAGGAUAUCCCGUUGCCGCUAGCCAUCUGAGCACUGGCAACCCAGGCAUGGACGCCCUGAGCCGAGAGCUCAAGACCAUCGACAUUGGAUCUGUGGCGUGCAGCCCGAGCCGAGCUGUGCGUAAAUAUGCGCCUUCCCGGCCAUCGGUUACCAUGGGGUAUGCUAGCUAA